GCCUGGCUUCCCCGCUGCCAGAGCAGAGUCAGAGUUCAGACCGGCUUGUUGCUGGCCCCGGCGCCUUGCGCAGGAAAGCAACUCACGUUUGCCUGGGCAGCGGGAGCAGAAGCCGGGUCUGGAGUGAGUGGCUGGAACGUGAAUUGGACUCCACUCGAGUAGCAGCGAAGACGAACGGGGCCAGCAGGCGGGGGAGGCUGCAGGCGCGCUCCCCGCCGCUUCCCGGCUGCACCGCCCGCCUGGCGGAGCGGUUCCGGCCCCAUCCGACCGAGCGGGGACGCGAGCCCGGGGUCCUCCGCCCGCUGCGGGGAUGACUCUGGGGGGGCGCCGAGCCCGCGGCGCGCAGUGUCCCGUGAACUGUGAGUACUGCGACUGAACGGCGGCCGGAGAGCGGGCGAUUAGCACCCAUUGCAUGAAUUAUGAAACAAUAACUUUCUGAAGAAGCAGAAGGAAAAAGAAAAAAAGAAAAAGAAGGACAGAUCGCCGGUGCCCCUGGCCGACUCUGCGCGCCGCUCUUGCCCCCUCCCUCCUCGCCCUUCCUCCUUUCCCGGAGAGAGAAGAGGGCUGGGAGGAGGGCAGGCGGCCGGCCCCGGAGGCGGGGGGCGCCCAGGGGGCUGUGAUUAGAAGGAGCAGUAGCAGCAGCAGCAGGAGAAGAUGCUGAGGAUGCGGACCGCGGGAUGGGCGCGCGGCUGGUGCCUGGGCUGCUGCCUCCUCCUGCCGCUCUCGCUCAGCCUGGCGGCCGCCAAGCAACUCCUCCGGUACCGGCUGGCCGAGGAGGGCCCGGCGGACGUCCGCAUCGGCAACGUCGCCUCGGACCUGGGCAUCGUGACCGGCUCGGGUGAGGUGACUUUCAGCCUCGAGUCGGGCUCGGAGUACCUGAAGAUCGACAACCUCACCGGCGAGCUGAGCACCAGCGAGCGGCGCAUCGACCGCGAGAAGCUGCCCCAGUGUCAGAUGAUCUUCGACGAGAACGAGUGCUUUCUGGACUUCGAGGUCUCGGUGAUCGGGCCCUCGCAGAGCUGGGUGGACCUGUUCGAGGGUCGGGUCAUCGUCCUCGACAUCAACGACAACACGCCCACCUUCCCGUCGCCCGUGCUCACGCUCACGGUGGAGGAGAACCGGCCGGUGGGCACCCUCUACCUGCUGCCCACCGCCACCGACCGGGACUUCGGCCGCAACGGCAUCGAGCGCUACGAGCUGCUGCAGGAACCCGGGGGCGGCGGCGGCGGCGAGGGCCGGCGCGCAGGGCCAGCCGACAGCGCCCCCUACCCCGGGGGCGGCGCGAGCGGCGGCGGCGGCGGCGGCGGCGGCGGCGGCCCGGGCGGCUCCAAGCGGCGGCCGGACGCGCCCGAGGGCGGCGGCGGGACCAGCCCCGGCGGCGGCCGCAGCAGCGUGUUCGAACUGCAGGUGGCCGACACCCCGGAUGGCGAGAAGCAGCCACAGCUGAUCGUGAAGGGGGCGCUGGACCGCGAGCAACGCGACUCGUACGAGCUGACCCUGCGGGUGCGCGACGGGGGCGACCCGCCGCGCUCGUCUCAGGCCAUCUUGCGGGUGCUCAUCACCGACGUGAACGACAACAGCCCCCGCUUCGAGAAGAGCGUGUACGAAGCCGACCUCGCGGAGAACAGCGCCCCGGGGACGCCCAUCCUGCAGCUGCGUGCCGCCGACCUGGACGUGGGGGUCAACGGGCAGAUCGAGUACGUGUUCGGGGCCGCCACCGAGUCGGUGCGGCGGCUGCUGCGCCUCGACGAGACGUCGGGCUGGCUGAGCGUCCUGCACCGCAUCGACCGCGAGGAGGUGAACCAGCUGCGCUUCACGGUCAUGGCCCGGGACCGCGGGCAGCCCCCCAAGACCGACAAGGCCACGGUGGUCCUCAACAUCAAGGACGAGAACGACAACGUGCCGUCCAUUGAGAUCCGCAAGAUCGGGCGUAUCCCUCUCAAGGACGGGGUGGCCAACGUGGCAGAGGAUGUUCUCGUCGACACCCCCAUUGCUCUGGUGCAGGUGUCCGACCGAGACCAAGGCGAGAACGGGGUGGUCACCUGCACCGUGGUGGGCGACGUGCCCUUCCAGCUCAAGCCGGCCAGCGACACGGAGGGCGACCAGAACAAGAAAAAGUACUUUCUGCACACCUCGGCGCCUUUGGACUAUGAGACCACCCGGGAGUUCAACGUGGUCAUAGUGGCGGUGGACUCGGGCAGCCCCAGCCUCUCCAGCAACAACUCCCUGGUUGUCAAGGUGGGAGACACUAAUGACAACCCCCCGGUCUUCGGCCAGUCGGUAGUGGAGGUUUACUUUCCCGAGAACAACAUCCCUGGAGAGAGGGUGGCCACGGUGCUGGCGACAGACGCCGACAGCGGGAAAAACGCAGAGAUCGCCUACUCGCUGGAUUCCUCUGUGAUGGGGAUCUUUGCCAUCGACCCUGAUUCUGGGGACAUCCUCGUCAAUACGGUACUGGACCGCGAGCAGACUGACAGGUAUGAGUUUAAAGUUAACGCCAAAGACAAAGGCAUCCCAGUGUUACAGGGCAGCACCACGGUGAUUGUGCAGGUGGCUGACAAGAAUGACAAUGACCCUAAGUUUAUGCAGGACGUCUUUACCUUUUAUGUGAAAGAAAACUUGCAGCCCAACAGCCCUGUGGGGAUGGUCACGGUGAUGGAUGCUGACAAGGGACGCAAUGCAGAGAUGAGCCUCUACAUAGAGGAAAACAGCAACAUUUUUUCCAUUGAAAAUGACACGGGGACCAUUUAUUCCACAAUGUCCUUUGACCGAGAACAUCAGACCACAUACACGUUCAGAGUCAAGGCUGUGGAUGGGGGAGAUCCUCCCAGAUCAGCCACAGCCACAGUCUCUCUCUUUGUGAUGGAUGAGAAUGACAAUGCUCCCACAGUUACCCUUCCCAGAAACAUUUCCUACACUUUACUGCCACCUUCAAGUAAUGUCAGGACAGUAGUAGCUACAGUGUUGGCCACAGACAGUGAUGAUGGCAUCAAUGCAGACCUUAACUACAGCAUUGUGGGAGGGAAUCCCUUCAAGCUGUUUGAAAUUGAUUCCACCAGCGGUGUGGUUUCCUUAGUGGGAAAACUCACCCAAAAGCAUUAUGGCUUGCACAGGUUGGUGGUGCAAGUGAAUGACAGUGGACAGCCUUCCCAGUCCACUACGACUCUGGUGCAUGUGUUUGUCAAUGAAAGUGUUUCGAAUGCAACUGUGAUCGACUCACAGAUAGUCAGAAGUUUGCACACCCCACUCACCCAGGACAUAGCUGGUGACCCAAGUUAUGAAAUUAGCAAACAGAGACUCAGUAUUGUCAUUGGGGUGGUUGCUGGGAUUAUGACAGUGAUUCUAAUCAUCUUAAUUGUAGUGAUGGCAAGGUACUGCCGGUCCAAGAAUAAAAAUGGCUAUGAAGCUGGCAAAAAAGAUCAUGAAGACUUUUUUACACCCCAGCAGCAUGACAAAUCUAAAAAGCCUAAAAAAGACAAGAAAAACAAAAAAUCGAAGCAGCCUCUCUACAGCAGCAUUGUCACUGUAGAAGCUUCUAAACCAAAUGGACAGAGGUAUGAUAGUGUCAACGAGAAGCUGUCAGACAGCCCAAACAUGGGCCGAUACCGAUCCGUUAAUGGUGGGCCUGGCAGUCCUGACCUGGCCAGGCAUUACAAAUCUAGUUCUCCAUUGCCUACUGUCCAGCUUCACCCCCAGUCACCAACUGCAGGAAAGAAACACCAGGCGGUACAAGAUCUACCACCAGCCAACACAUUUGUGGGAGCAGGAGACAACAUUUCUAUUGGAUCAGACCACUGCUCUGAAUACAGCUGUCAAACCAAUAACAAGUACAGCAAACAGAUGCGUCUACAUCCAUACAUUACUGUGUUUGGCUGAAUUCCACUCUAAUAUGAUGCUCCAUUAUGCACCAUACUCUGAUGACCUUGCUACUCCGAAACCUGCUGGAGCCUGCCCUUGGCCGUGGGGUGUCAGCCAAUCACUGCUUGUUUCACUCGUUGUGCAUUUGAUUUUCGGGUUCCCCCCCAUUUAAGGAAAAAUAAUACUGAAAUAAAUCAAUUUAUAAAAGAAACAGUAUUAAUAAAGAAAUGUGCUACAAGUGGACAUCUGAGUCACUGAGAAUUCCAUUCUCAAGGAGGUGGUUAGCAGAAAUGAAUUGUGAAGCCUUAAAAAAAAACAAAAAAACCCAAGGCACAUUUCAACAAUGAUUUUAAGAUUCUAGCUUUUGUGUGAACCAAGGAAAAGUUAAGUCUACUUAGUCUUUGUCUUUAAUACAUUGGAUACUGACUUUUGGUAAAAUCCUAAGUUGAUCAAUAUUUUUGAAGGGUUAUGGAAUUACAGCCUUUUCCAGGCCAGUGAGGUAAUUGUAUUAGAGUAAAAGAUAAUGUCUCACAUCUAUAGGCAAGGACUUUGAGCAAUAUUUAUAAAAAAUAUUGGUUUAUAAAAUAAAUUCGAGAGGCUAAUUUUGUAUUAAGCAGUUACUGCCAAUAGAUUGGUUCUUCCUUAAUCUUGAAACAUUGACCAAAGACUCUGUAUUAUCCAUAGAAGUUUUAAGUAUUUUUCUUGCUGUUAAAUUCCUUAAGAAAAUUUGGAAUCUUUCCAUUAGAUUUACUGAAGUCACUAUAGUCACAUUCAGAAGGAAUUUGUGGCUUCCUAGUUUUGUGGUACAUUUAUCUGAAGGCUAUUCUAUUUGAUGUCAGAUAACAUAAAUCCAGGCUGCUUCUGAGAAUGCAAGACUUAGAUAUUGUUGAGAGAGAGAGAGAGAGAGUGGCUAAAUUUUAGUUGUGUAAGUAAUAUUCUAGGCAAGUCAGGAACCUUCUGGGUGGUCCCUCUAAUUCUUCAUGGUUAUGUAUUUAUGUUUCUGUUGUAUGUGUUUAUAUGCCUAAAAAUAACUGCUCAAGUGUGGAGUUUCAUAAUUUUAUAAUGUACUUACCACAUUAUUUGCUCUACUAAUUGUUCCCCAAGUUUUGAAAGACUAAGAAUGACAGGCUGGGAUAUUUUUGGUGAAUUAUUUUCAAUAUAAAAGCCUUUUAAUAAAAACAGAUGAAUGUUGUGAGAAUACUAACAUGUAGAGUGGUAGUAAAUGUACGCUAACCCAUGAAAAUCUCUAAUGUAUAUAUUUCAGGUUUUUUAUUCUGUUAGCUGUUUAUUUAAUUUUGCAGAAAUGACAUUUUCAGAAAUAUUCGUGAAACUGUAGUGAAAUUCCUGAAUAAAACCUGAUUAUCCUCAACUUCUCAAUUUGUUUUGUGCACAAGGACCAGCGGAAGAGGCUGGUGAAAGAGCGCUACCACUUUCUGCUUCUUGAAAAUGUCAUGGUCCCUCACCAAAAUUAAUUUCCUUAGAUAUAAUUAAAGUGUGACUCCUGUAGCAAAUCAUAUCAAUUCAAAAACAAAUUAAAGACAAAAAAAGGUCCAGAAUUUGAGGAUAAUCUAAUUACAGCCACAUAGAGGGAAUAUACAUAAAUACUUUCACAAAGAAGAGCCUUCCAAGGCGGCAUUUUGAAAACUUGGGCUGGAAUACGUUACUGAGGCAUGAAUCCACUUAGUGCAUCUCUACCACAAUUGGAAAGAUAUGAAAUGAAACAGAACCAUUCCAAGUAUGUCACUCAUGUAGCAAGAGCAAGCAUUGCUGUGUGGAAUCCUUGUUACCGUGGUGGUGUGUGUGUUCUGUUCUCGGUUGCCAUGGGAAAAAUGUGUUUUAUUGUGUAAGCAGUUGAAAAGGGUUCAGAACCACCACUGUAGUUUGUUUCGGGCG